UGUGAGUUCUUUUCCCGCCACGCCUUCUCAUCAGUUGAAACGAAUUGUGAUUGGCUCUUUUCAAAACGGAACAAAGCCGCUGGUGACUCAAAGGAAACCGUGUGCAUGAAAGUGACGCAGCGAAUGAACACACUGUAGUGAACCAGAAAGAGUCGAUCACAUGUGCUCAAGGAGCGAAAAUCAUUCCAUUGCAUAGAUCGCCAAGGACACAGUGGUAACUGUGACUUGCGCCCAGUUUAUUCAGAUUCAAUGCGAUUAUUUUGCGACGGUGAAAUGGCCGAGGGCUUGGAUAAGUUAGCUGGACAGAGCAAAAUACCGUGUCCUCUAUGUCAUAACGGCUUCGACGAUCCAAAAGUUUUGCCGUGUUUACAUACUUUUUGUAAGAACUGCCUGACGGAAGCGGUCGAAAAUGGUCGGUUAAAAUGCCCAACGUGUCGUUUAAACGUUCCUCUGUCUGAGGCCGGAGUAGACGGUUUACCUACAAACAUCUUCAGUCAUAAUAUUUUGGAUGUGCUUGUUCCGAGCCAAGGAAGCAUCGAAACCAGCAGCUUGAUACGAGCUGUGAUCCGUGAUUGCAGUAAUUGUAGUGAAGGAUCAAUGGUUACGGCGCACUGUAAAGACUGCAGUGAGUAUCUAUGUGACAGUUGUGUUCGAGCUCAUCAGAGAGUUCGGAUGACCAAAGAUCAUAGAAUCGUUUCAUUUAUCGAAGAAGCUGCUAUGAUGCAGAAUAAAACAACCCUUGCCACAUCAACGUUAGCGUCUUCGCCAACCAUUUCAAUUUCGCCCUUGCCGACGAUGGCCGAUAAAACUCCUUCUGAAGGGUUGGUACGCUGUGGGAAACAUGAAACUGAAUUUUUGCGGCUUUAUUGCGAGACAUGUUUUACUCCGGUCUGUAGUGAUUGUACUUUCCAAGAUCAUCGAGGCCAUAGUUUCCAGUACCUUCGCGAGGCGGUUGAAUCAACCAAAGCGAUCGUGGGAAAGUUGAUCGCUGAUGCCAAAAGCGAGAUUUGUAAAUUGGAAGAAUCGGUGAGUUCAUCGCAAGCGAUCGCAGAGCAAGUGGAAUACAGGGCACAAACUGUCUCCAACGAGAUCAGGCAAACUGUACGAAGGCACAUGGCUGCAUUGGAAGAGCGGGAGAGAGAGCUUUUACGACGCGUGGAGAAAGUGCGCCAAAUUAAAGGUAAAUCCCUUCAUUUACAGAUUGAUGAACUCAAGGCUAGCUUAGGUAAAGUCUUAAGCGUUUGCAAAUCGUCUGAGGGAGCGUUAGAACUGAACUCAGACCCAGAAUUGCUCGCAGCCAAGGGUCGUUUAUCUAAACACUUAAAUGAACUUAGAGCGAAACGUGGCCUAUUACAGCCCCACGAAGAUGACGCCAUAUUAUUCACACCUCCUGACCAGGCUUUGCAAACAGCCAUUAGUUCUCUGGGUAUUGUUAGUAGUAACGCUUUUGCUCCGUAUUCUUGUGCGACUGGUGACGGGCUAAGACGAGGUAUUCGCGGCAAAGUGGCUAUGUUUAUAGUGCAAGCUAAAGAUCAUCAAGGCGAAAACCGCUGUAUCGGUGGGGACCCCUUGCGCGUUCAAGUACAAGGCCCUGAUGGGAUCUUCUAUCGAGCAGAGGUUAGCGAUCGGCAAAAUGGAACUUACACAGUUUCUUAUCGUCCUCAAGUGACUGGAGAACAUAUUGUUUCAGUGACUAUACGUGGUCGACACAUAAACGAUUCUCCGUUCAGAGUUACAGUUAUCAAGGGUCGAAAUUACGUUGGCAUAGGGCCAGUCGUUCGUUUUUUCGGCUCUGAGGGUGAAGCUGAUGGUGAACUUUGUCGCCCAUGGGGCGUUUGCUGCGAUAAAGAUGGUAAUAUUAUUGUUGCUGAUCGAAGCAACAACCGUAUUCAAGUCUUCGAUUGCUACGGGAAUUUUCGUCUCAAGUUCGGAUCUGCAGGCUCUAGAAAUGGACAAUUUGAUCGGCCCGCAGGGGUAACUUGUGACAGCGAUGGACGCAUUAUCGUUGCUGAUAAAGACAACCAUCGUAUCCAAGUUUUUAACGCCGAUGGAACAUUCAUUCUUAAAUUUGGCGAGAAAGGUUGCAAGAAUGGCCAGUUUAGCUACCCCUGGGAUGUGGCAUGCAACAACGAGGGUAACAUUCUAGUUUCGGACACGCGUAAUCACCGUGUCCAACUCUUCGACAGAGAGGGAAAGUUCCUCGGCAAGUUUGGCUUUGAAGGCAUCCACUGGAAAGAGUUUGAUUCUCCCCGCGGUGUAGCGUUUAAUCAUGAAGGCCAUAUGAUCGUCACCGACUUCAACAACCACCGAUUGCUCGUGAUCAGGGUGGACUUCCAACAUGCCUGGUUCUUGGGAGUGGAGGGAAGCAAGAACACAGAGUUCCUACGCCCUCAAGGAGUCGCCGUGGACCAAGAGGGAAACAUCAUCGUUGCUGACUCAAAGAAUCACCGAAUUCAGAUCUUCCAACCCAAUGGAAACUUCCUCUGCAAGUUUGGAAUACACGGCAAUGCCCCCGGUCAGCUUGAUCGUCCUUCAGGUAUAUGUGUAAGCAACGAAGGAGCAAUCAUUGUUGUAGAUUUUGGUAACAAUCGCAUACAAGUGUUCUAAAACCAUUAACAAACGCUGGGCGACGUGUUGUUGCAUUUACAUGAUCGUGUGAAGUAGAUUACUAUUAGAAACGUUUAUGGCGACAAGGUUUUUUUUUUUUGCCCGGCUAGCUGUUCUUCAAUUGAGCGCUGUGAGAUAAUGUAAACAAAAUGUUUGCAUGACUGCAGAAAUCAAGGAACUCUCUAACAUCGAUCGAUUGUUUUUUCAUUGUCAGGAGAUGUUAUUUUUAAGCUUUAUUUUUGAGUUCUUGCGGUGUUUCAAGCGCUCGAAUUGGCCUAUGGCUCGGAGAGAUUUUCAAAGUAGAGUUGAACAGUUUAAGCCAAACCCACAAAUAGCUCAGAAUUUGCGUUUCACACCAUUUUGUGCUGACAACAUACACGCCGUCUUUCGUUUCAGUACAAAUUCAUCAUUCACGUAGAGAGCUCGUAUACUAUUCGGUAAAUUUAGAACACAGCUUGCCAGACAGAAAUGAAAGGCGAAAUUUAUAGCUUAUCUUUUGCAAUGUCUUUAUUUGAUUCCUUUGUCAAAAUGUUGCACGAGUUAUGUACGCACCUCGAGUUCGUAACAGCACUUUUAACAUGUAAGCUUAUAAUCUAUUUAAAUGCUGAGUUUUGUCUGAUUAUUUAAAGCGUUUGUCUUGGAAGAAAUAGUGAGAAGAGUCAACUAUUUGUGCAAGGAUCUCGUUUUGGCAGCGUACCCUUGAGAAAUAGUUAAUAAUUUAAUUUGGACGCCGAGCUCAAACGAGCCGACGUUAUGGCCUGAAAAAAGGGAAGGUGUGAAUCAUCUCAAUAGAGGUUCGUUUACUAUUCAACUUGCUUUUGCAUCGAGAAGCGGAAAAGGUUUCGGAAUUUUCAUAGCUUUGUUUUUGUUCUAAGCUAUGCCAUUGUUAACGCCACUUCGGAGAAUUCUUUAGGCUAAUUCUUGAAAUCGAUGUGUUAUGUCCAUAUUCCAUACGUUAAAAAGAAACCAUCUAAGGCGUCUUUUUCUAUUUGUCAAGACAUUUUUUAACUUUGGCUUGGAAGAUACAGUCACAUCCCGUGGGAAUCCCAAUUUUUCUUCUGUUUGAAAACUAAAUCAAGUCGUUUGUACUACAACGUUCCAUGGAAUAUAACGGCUAUCCCAUGGGAGGAUUCGUUCUUUGAAUUGAACAAAAACAAGUUAUGUUUACAACAUCAUUUCGGUUGAAAAGUACGUUGUUGCCUUAAGCAACGCGUGAUAGUCGCCCGAAAAUGUUAACCAAAGUUUAUUCGGUUAAACGCGAGAAAGACGCAGUUGUUAGAUCAUUUUAGAGAAUUUGCGCGCGCUGGGAAUUAAAAUCGAGGUAGAAAACAGUAGUCAGUUUUAAGUGUAGAAGUAGUCAUCGCUGUUAAAACAGAACUAGAGAACACCUUCAAACGAUUUGAUUUUCCCAGCCUAAUAAAUUUCUAAAGAUGUGUUAUUUUUUAUCAAGAACAUGAAUAUUUUGCGCGCAUAUAUGCAGUAGAGUAAUCAUUGACUUAAAUUAUCGACUAAAGAUGUAUUAUGAAUGAGAUAGAUAUUCCUAAUGUUAGCUUUAUUUUUUUUGUUUAGAAAAAAUGAGGAAUUGAACAUUAUGUUCAAGUUACGUCGUCGUAUUUCAGUCUGAAGAUAGAGAAAAAGCGACAAAUCGCGAAAGUUAUAUUAAUUGUGCCUCGAAACGGCAUUGCUUAUUAGAGUGAAACAAAUUCAAGAUUGUAGUGAAAUCUUUCGAAAAUGAAGUGUAAUGAAUAUUUACUGUUUUCAUUGGUAUAUUGUAUUGUCGUAGUGUGUCAAGGUAAUUCUUAGCUUACUAUUCUAAAUUUGUUCACGUUUGAAUCUUUAAUUUGAAGAUCGAUGGACUUCAAAAAGUUGGUAAGCUGUUUUGUUCUUUUCACUCAUUGAACACGCAUUGAUACUAGUUUAAAUGAGGUUAACAAAUUUUGAUCCAAUUUUGUCUUGGAAUUACAAGUUUACAAUCUGAUUAAACAGAUCCGAGUUAGCUUUUUUUCUCGAUUUUUCAAGAAUCAGCAAAUGGAGUGAUGGCAACAAAGUUGAUUACAACGAAAUCGCGGCAUCAGGAGAAAAUUCAUUGAUGUGCUCGUUAUUGAAGUAAAAAAUUCCUAGUAAAAAAUUCUGAAAUUGAGAAUGUCCAUCCCUAUUUUAGAAUAUUGUAGAUCAUGCGUUCGAGGUUUUGAUUACUAAAUUAAUUCUUAGAGAUUGUUUGAGUGUACUCCUAGCAAAUGCUAAGCUUUUCCUUUGCAAUUCUUGAAAUACAACUUUGUGGCACAUUAUUUAUUGAACUAGCUCUCAAGCUUAAUAUAUUGUUCUGCUAUUAUCUUCAUAGAAUAUUUCGUAAAUAUCAAGGUGUAGAAAUCUCUCUUAUCAGAUUUGAACACUUAUUUUGACGCUCUCCUGUACAGUUUAUCUUCAAAGUUGUAUUUGAGGAAUUGCAAGGGUUAUAUGUAAUAAUUUUGUGCCAUAAUAUUACUGUUCAAAACAAGGACAGCUAGAUGUUAUAAUAUAAUAACCAGGACUGUUUCGUACUAAUUUAUUGAAUUAAAUUUAAACAAUUUGAAUUUAUUACAUUAUUGUGAAGGUUAUUGUCUGCCACUUGAAAAAGAGCGUUGCUAUUUAUAGAGACACUGGCUUACAAGCAAAAAAAUGAACUUGCUGUGGCAAAAUGGCCCACAUUGUGCCUAAAGGAUGUUUUCUGCUUUGACCAGGAACAGUGUCACACUCCAUGCACGGAAUGAUAGUCCACUGAAGGUGUUUUUCCAGGCUAAAGUCAAAGUUUCCUUAACAAUUCUUUGGUAUUCAAUUAUUCUCCUAAUGGAAGAGAUGUACUAUCAGUUAUAAUGUGCUUUCCUAUGACCUUGUUGACCAAUUACGAAUACCAGAACACAAAACAUGCAUCUUCUUUCUUUUUUUUUGAUGAAUUUAACCAACCUUGUAGGAUGCUUAUGGCAGCGUCAAGAAGUUCGAGUGAAUUUGCGCAAGGGAAACAGUGAUGGUGCAAGAGUUCUCACCUCCCAUGACUGUGGUGUCCCAUUCCUGGACCUUGUGUUACAUGUGGAUUUACUUUGUUUUUGGUUCAUUUUCUUGCUCCCAUGAUUUUUUUUCUCCAAUUUAAUUCUUUGCCCUUCCACCACAGAACCCGACACUUCAAAAUUUUACCUCAGAGAAGUAACACAGCUAAGAUCCAAGUUAGCUACUGGUUACAGUUACUUCACAUCACUAACUAUCAAUUCAGAUAGAAGUGGUCAAGGUUCUAACAAGGAACCUUUUAACCUCAGCAGCUAAUUUCAAACCAGAAUUUGAUCGCAAAGAACAUUGAGAACAAUAUUUAUAUAAAAAUGUUCCUCUUGUUUCAUUUUGAAAUGACUUAACAUUAGUAGGUAAGAAGUGAAACUGCGACUUAGACUUGAAAAAACUGCCAUCAACCAGGACCCUUAGGCAGCCUUUUCUACGACUGCUGCCACAGUAUUCAACAAGACGAACCUUGCUGCUGCUAAGGGAUACAUACUGAGAGCAUUGUCCUACUAAAUAAAUAUAUCUUAAAACAUGAAAGAAAGCUAAAACAGUAAGGUCAAACCACAGAGAACUUUUAUUGUAUUUACUAGGAAGUUUUAAGAGUAAGCCAACUUGACAUAAUCAGCCAAGAUUUCCUGGUCUGUGCAAUUAAAUUAAAUUUAAUGUAAUUAAAAAAACAUCUAGAAACAGAGGAAUUUUACAGCUUAAUUAUUUUAUCCCCAGAGCUAUUUUUAAAUUCAGAUAAGACAGAAAAAGAAUGUACUUUUACUUCAGUCU